CACCAGUUUUUAGCAGAACCCAUGUCAAAGCUGCACAAUAAUAAGAUCUUCCCGUCUAGAUCUCCACGAUCUGCCAAGACUAAUGCUUCAGGGAUAAAAUAAUGAGAUCGGCCGCUCCUGGAGAUUGACAUGUCAGAAAUCAGUAAUGAACUUGUCGAUUGGGGACAUGUGUACGCGAUUAGUCAAUAGUGCGAUGCGUGGCUUGAUGUCAAUGACGUAGAUGGUCUAAGUCAACCCGUCAUGACACUAGGCUAACAACAAACCCCUUGAACGCAGAUAUAACUCUUUACGGAAGCGCUUUUGGCGACUUCGGGUAUGACUGCAUAGGUCAGUUGUACAUAUCAAUGUGAUUUGAUUAGUAUCUCAGGAUUCAUUUAAUCGCGACAUUGGACGAGAACGCACCUCAUGGCCGAGGACGAGCAAAAUGGACGGAAGUCCCACGAUGGGCGGAAGCGCGUGCUCAUUGUUGGUGCCGGAGCUGCUGGUAUGUCUACGGCACAUCAUCUUUCUCAGCAUCCCGAGAUGUUUGAUGUAACACUCAUUGAUGCCGUGGAUUAUUGUGGCGGGCAGGCUUUCUCUAUUCCUAUAAACAAGGAGCGCUAUGGAGCAUCAUGGUGCAACCAAGGUGUGCAGGGUGGCUCUUACAUCUUCCACCAUACCCUCACCAUGUUCAACAGACAGGGCUACCAUGCGGAUCCUGUCAAGCUGCAUGUUUCUUUCGGCAAAGACAAAAUAUUUUGGUCCAACGUGUUUCCGACGGAGAUCCUCGUUAAACACCAGAAGGAGGUGUAUCGUUUUGACAAGGUGCUCAAGUUCAUGCGCUGGUUCGAGGUCUUCUUCAUGCUUCUUCCCUUGAGACUGGUCUUGAAGAUGUUUCUUUUCUCUGAGGAAUUUAUUAACAUAAUCGCACUCCCUAUGACAGCACUCUUCCUUGGCACUGGCAAUGCAACGCCCGAGGUUCCUACUGUUAUGCUCGAACGUCUAUGCACCGCUCCGACUUACGGCAUGUGGUAUCCCACCGACCCAAAUACAGUUGUGAAUAAUAAACCACCCAUGGUCGUCUUCCCGAAAUUCUCAGAGUUUUACAGCACUUGGAAGGAGGAUCUACUCUCGAGAGGCGUCACCGUUCGUCUCUCCACCGAGCUGAGUGGAAUUGUGCAGCGAAACAAGCGUGGCGUUAUUGUCAGGCUGAAGCCGAGGACUCCCCAGCCAGAUCAUCAUAACCCUGUUCUCGGAGACCCGGACGCGCCCGAGCACGAGGAGUACUACGACGAGCUAGUUCUUUGCUGUCUUGCAGAUACAGCAAAGAGGGUCCUUGGCAGCACUGCGACCUGGAGAGAGAAGAAGGUUCUUGGCUCCGCCAAAUUCAGCGACGACAUCACCAUCACUCAUAACGAUUCUGACUACAUGAAGAAACACUACGAGAACUUUUACCGCGAGGACCUUGCCGUUACCGAAACCAGAGGACGGGAUGAAACCUCGCGGCUCAAUUUCGCUGCCCAGGACUUCCGUCCCAUGUACUACAUAAAGAUGUACCCCGAGGACCGCUCAAAGCUGGAAAUGUGUUUCGACACCACCAACUAUCAGAGUCAAUUCCCGGAGAAUGUUCCCUUUGAGCAGCACGUCUUCCAAACCAUUUUUUUGAACAAGGACCGGGACAGCAAGCUGUGGACUGACCACGAGAUUCGUGAGGAUAAGAUCAUCCGUAAGGACUGGUGGCAUCAGCUAUGCCACAGCUAUACACACUACCUCUUUGUCGUCCCUUGGAUGAUGUUCCUCCAGGCCAAGAACCACACGCGCUUCGCGGCCGCGUGGACGCUAGUCAACGCCCAUGAGACCGCAAUCAUGUCUGGAAUCGCCGCUGCCGUUGACCUCGGCGCCGAAUAUCCUGAAGACCUCGAGCAUGAUAAGUACGCAUUCUUGUGCUUCAGGCUUUACUAUCUGCUCGCCUAUGGAAAAUGGUACCGCCGCAACUUCACGAGGGGCAAAAAAGCACCUACCACUCAGCUUGCAAAGGACGGUGCUUCUUGGCCCUCUGGUCUUUAUGGUAGUGUGUACAAGGGUCCUGGUGUCGCUAAGCAAGAGAGACAGACGUGGAGGGAGGACAUGAAGAAGGGUGAGAGUACUGGCAAUCUUGCUGAGGGUAAUGCCCCGGGCCGUAGUCAGCCAUAAUUUAUGGCCAUUUGAUCGCGGACUAGGUGCUGUGUGAUUUGAAGACGAGACAAGGAUUACAGUGCAUCGCGACAACAAGUAAAAGAACCGCGUUCGUUAGAACACUACAUUUUAGCUCGGGUGCUUCGUGGGGGUGAUCUGCGAAAUCGUGCCUAUAGGGGCUAGGUUAGUUAAAUAGGAUCGUCCCACAUUUGUUAAUCUUAUCUGAUGCUUCCAAGCAUUCGG